UUCAGUUUCAUUCUAUCCAUUAAAGUUUUGCUAUAAUUGAAGAUGGUUGACCGACUAUCUAAACAACAAAUCGCUGAUAUUUGGGAAGCUUUCAAAUUGUUUGAUAAAGAUUGUGAUGGUAAAAUUACAUCAAUGGAAUUAGGAGCCGUAAUGAAGACUUUUGGAUUAAACCCAACAGAUAGCGAAAUCGAGGACAUCAUCAACGAAUUUGAUGUUCAUAAUGACAAAUUUAUCGAUUUCAAUAGUUUUCUGACAAUGAUGAGUGCCAAAAUGAAGGAUACAGUAUUGGAAAAAGAAAUAAGUGAAGCUUUUCGCAUUUUUGAUAAAGACUGUGACGGUUUCAUCUCUACUGAAGAAUUUCGUGAUGCAAUGGAUAAACUAGGUGAAAAAUUUACCGAUACAGAAGCUAAUCAAAUAUUACAAGCUAUCGAUAUAGAUUGUGAUGGACGAAUAAGCUAUGAAGAAUUUGCAAAGGCGAUUGGAUAUAAACUUAAAUCGAAGCUUUCAUAAAUCGAAAUUCUAUUUUAACAUAAGCUGAAACGUUAUGGCAUUUGUCUAUGAAUUUUAAAUAAUAAAGAACUUCGUAAUUAA